AUGGGUCAAAAAGUGGUGACCCCCCUGAGUUUAACCCUAGAUCAUUGGAAAGACGUUCAGAAGAUCACCUCCAACCAGUCAGUAGAUGUCAAAAAGGAAAAAUGGCAAACUUUCUGCUCCGCAGAAUGGCCUACUUUCAAUGUGGGCUGGCCAAGGGAUGGAACUUUUAACCUCUCUACUAUUUUACAGGUGAAAGCUAAAGUGUUUGAUCGUGGCCCACAUGGACACCCAGAUCAGGUCCCCUAUAUAGUUACCUGGGAGAGUCUGACAGUCGACCUGCCACCCUGGGUUAUUCCUUUCAUUCCUCCUCAACCUACCCCACCGCUGCCUAUCCCUGCUCCUACCUCCUCCUCUUGUUGUCCAGUUGAUACCAAGAAGCCCCUAAAACCAGUACUUCCCCCGGACCCUAACACCCCCCUUAUAGAUCUCCUCUCAGAGGAGACCCCUCCCUAUACAUCUCAGACCCAAGAUACCCCUAGUCACCAGCCACCGGCCCCUUCGGCCCCACCCGAGCUCCCUUCCCCAGUGGCUAGACGUCUGAGGAGCCACCAAGAGCAGCCACCUAAGAAGGACACUUCACAAGCCUUUCCCUUGAGGCAGGGGCCAGGGGAACAGGUUCAAUAUUGGCCGUUCUCUGCCUCAGACUUAUAUAAUUGGCGGACCCACAACCCGCCUUUCUCCAAAGACCCUACUGCCUUGACUAACCUGAUUGAAUCUAUCUUAGUUACCCAUCAACCCACUUGGGAUGAUUGCCAACAACUCUUACAGGCUCUUCUUACUUCAGAAGAAAAGCAGAGAGUCUUUCUGGAAGCCCGAAAAAAUGUUCCAGGCGAUAACGGGAGACCUACCCAGAUACUAGAUGAGAUUAAUGAUGCUUUUCCUUUGACCCACCCCGACUGGGAUCACACCUCAGCAGAUGGUAGGGGACACCUACGCCUUUAUCGCCAGUUGCUCAUAGCGGGCCUCCAUGGUGCUGGGCACCACCCUACUAAUUUGGCCAAGGUAAAGCAAGUAAUACAAAAACCAGAUGAAUCCCCUGCUGCCUUUCUAGAGAGAAUUAAGGAAGCCUAUCGCAUGUACACCCCCUAUGAUCCGGAGGAUCCUAAUCAGGGGGUAAAUGUGUCCAUGACUUUUAUCUGGCAGUCUGCCCCAGAUAUUAGAAAUAAACUUCAAAGAUUAGACAAUUUACAAGGACAGUCUCUCCAAGAUUUAUUAAAGGAAGCAGAAAAGAUUUUUACUAAGCGAGAGACACCAGAAGAGAGAGACCGCUUACGUAGGGAGGCAGAGAACAGGGAGGACAAACUUAGGAAAGAAGCAGAGGACAGGAAAAAUGCAAGAGAACACAAAAUGGACACCGGCGCCCAGCAUUCGAUCCUCACCCAAUGCCCUGGACCUCUGAGCGGCCGGACUGCCUGGGUACAAGGUGCCACAGGAGGAAAACAAUACCACUGGACCACCGAACGGAAGGUACAUUUAGCCACCGGAACUGGGGCCAAAGUAUCUGGUCCUAAGGGAGUUCCCCUACAUGUAUUGACUCCUAAUCUGGAAGAUGAAUAUCGGCUCCAUGACAACUCCCCAAGUGAACCUAAAGAUAGAGAUUAUUGA